AUGCCAUCCCCCCAUGUCCCCUACAUCCGGCAAUGCCUCACCCUAGCCGAACAGUCGCCUCCACGCCCGACGAACUUCCGCGUCGGCGCCAUCCUCAUCUCCCGCAAAGACGACGACCCCUCCAUGUCCGACGACCGGAUCCUAUCAACCGGCUACACAAUGGAACUAGCCGGUAACACACACGCCGAACAAUGCUGUUUCGCCAACUACGCAUCCGUGCACAGCGUCCCCGACGAGGAAGUCGCCUCAGUGCUCCCCGCCGAGCCGGGCCGGACGCUAGUGAUGUACGUGACGAUGGAGCCGUGCGGGAAACGGCUGUCUGGGAAUGCGCCGUGCGUGCAGCGCAUUAUCAACACCCGCACGGGGGGUCGGCCGGGAAUUCAGAAGGAGCCUGGCACGUUUGUGGGUCAGUCGGAGGGGUGUCAACUGUUGACGGAGGCUGGGAUCGAGUGGGAGCAUAUCUCCGGUUUGGAGAAGCAGAUCUUGACGGUUGCGGUGGCGGGACAUGAGAAUCCGGAGGAGGAGAUUAGGGCUGCGUUGGGGGAUCCGGAUGCUAGUGAGGGGACGAAGAGCAAAGAGGACCAGCCAAGGAAUCCGAAGAAGAGGAUGAUGGAGGGGGAGACGAUGAUUUAUUAG